UUAUUUUUCGUGGUUUUUUUCCUUUUGUUCCCGAGACCUCGUUGACUUGUCGUUGACUCUCAAAAUUACAAAUUAAAAUAAAUAAUGUAAUAAUAUAUCAAUUUAUCAAUAUGUGAUUGACUGUUCGUAUUAGAUAUCUUGUGGAGUGUUAAAUCCUUAAAAAAGACGUAACAAUGCCGUUAGUCUUUUAGUUUAAAAGUUUGGAGUCUGUGUAAACUUUUGCUGAGUCUGCUAACUGAUAAAAGUUAAAAUGGAUAUCGUAUCAAGUGAUAUGUCGUAUUUAAUAAAUUUGGACCACUUAGAUUUGAACUACAUUUCAAAUUACGAUUUUAAAAAUGGUGGUUCACAUUUUUCUUUGUGGGACGUGAACAGUUCUAAAGUAUUUGGAAAUGAAAAAGAGUAUUUCGAAUUUAAAGUUAUGGCCAAAAAGGUGGCAGAUGAUGGAGCGGACUCGUCUUCUGAACCAGGCGAUGAUGAAGACGAAGCAACCGUAGAUCCACUUUACAAGUGCGCAAUCUGUGACCGUGACGUUCCUUUAACGUACAAAAAACAGCAUAUCGACAGUGUCAAACACCAGACGUGUGUCCAAAUCGCUAAAGCAGUCCUCCAAAGAAUCCAAAAUAAUUUAACGCUGGAAAACGAAAAUGAAAUCAUCAAGAAUUCAACAUUGACUUACUUCUGUGAACCGUGCACGGCCAUCGUUAGAAAUACAGAUAAGCAACAACAUGAAGGAUCGGAGGCUCACCAGAAGUCUGUGCUGCGUGACUUAUAUUUGAGCGACUUACUUAACAUUUACAAUGAUGAAAAUUAUUUAGAUACAGCUGAUAUGCAGUAUAUGAGUCAGAAACCGAAUGAACACCCAAAAAAUUUUGAAAACGGUGAAUCAUCUCUGGCUGUAGGUAAUGAGACAGUUGCUCAAGAAAUAGGUAUACAGGAAGGGAAAGAAACUUUAGUAACUGACAAUAAACAAAUAAAGAAAAAGAAUAAUCCAGUUCAUGAACAAAAUGGUAAAUUUAGUGAUGCAUCGUCUGAUAUAUCGAAGGAUUCAUUAGAUCAAGAUAAUACAUUAAAGGUCACUGAAAACAAAAUUCCAAUUAAUAAACCAUCAAAUAUUAAGCAAAAUAAUACAAAUAACGAUCAGACUGAUUCAACAGAAGAAUGUGAUUUAAAUGACAAUAAAGUAGAUAAGCAAAAGCAAACAACUUCAAUAACUGAGCAGAGCAAAGUUACCGAUGAAAAUAACUAUUUGGAAAAGUCAGUUUAUGAACAGUCUCCAACAACUAGCCCUGCUAGGAAAAAAGCUAAAAUCGAAAGCCAAAACAAUGUGACAAGUAAACGCAACGAUUCUGAAGUUGACUACAUAAUGUUGGUCGAUACAAACGAAUUCAAAGUUGACACAGAAGCAGAUACUGUUCUCGGAGAGACCAAAUUAAGAAGUUAUGUUGACUUUUUGGAUCGUAAGAAUGUUGGAUGUGAAACUAACAAUCAUAAAGUGACGGUUAUAAGCAGAAAUUAUGUUCAAAUCACAACGUUAGAUAACAAUGUAGUUACUGUCCCAGCGGACAACUUCAACGGUUUUCAGAAGCCCUAUGAACUUCUUCUAUGUAAUAUUUGCAUGGUUAGGGUCGAUGAUCCAGGCAUGCAUAUUUUGGAAAAGAUGCAUUUGGAAAUGAUAAGGCUACCAUUGAAGGAUAUUCACUGCUUUAGAGAGCUCAACGCAAUGUGCAGACACUGUGUCCAUUGCAACGCCGUUUUCGUUAGCACCGACGCCCACGAAGAAACCAGUAAACAUAAGGCAGCGUUACAAAAAUCCUUAGAAGGCACCAUCCCGACUGAGCCAGCCCAAACCAAAAAGGUGGGUAGAACGUACUGCGAGCCAUGCAACCUUUACAUAGACAGCCACAACUUUAAUUCCCAUACAAAAGGCAAGCCCCACAAGAACAAUCUAUCCCUAUUUUUCACUAAAGAAAAGAAAGAGUCAAGCACUAAUAACAGUCAAGGCAAAAUUCACUGCGAACCCUGCGGAACGUUGAUACGUACAGAAAUGUUUUUAGGCCAUACGUAUGGGAAAAGCCAUAGAGCAGCUUUGAAACUGACGAACGAAUCGAAAGAUCUUGAAAACUGCUGUAGUAUUUGUAAUAUUCUCACUGAAGAUUUAUCGGUGCAUCUUACGAGCAAUUAUCACGAAUUCCACGUGAAUAAAAAAAGCGGUAAGAAGGUUUGUGAACCAAAGCCUUCAAAUCUACCAUCCGAAGUGGUCAACAAAUACCUGAUAGAAUAUCGUUCAGAGUGCCAAGUUACUUGCCGAGUUUGUGGCGUAAAAAUCUCGAAUCGUGUGGAUAACGUAAACGAACACUUAAACGGUCGUUCCCACAGGACAAACUAUAAUAAUACAUUGCAAAAAAAUUCGAUGAAAACAGUUGGAGAAGAUUUAUUUUGCAAACUGUGUAAAGUCACCGUCAAAACAACUGAGGAACUUGACCAUAUGACAUCAACAACUCAUUGCGCAAACAAACUCAAGUCAAAAACUCAAGCUGCUCCUUCAAUAUCUACUGAAGAUGCUCAAUCCUCAAGUUCUUCGAUACCUUCUCAGUCUACAAGUGGUAAGAUUAGUGAACCAAAGCAUUCUAAACCACCACCCGAAGUAAUCAAGAAAUACCAAGUAACGCAUCACUCAGAGACGCAAGUUAUCUGCCGAGUCUGCGGUGUAAAAAUCCCGAAUCGUGUGGAUAACAUAAAUGAACAUAUAAACGGGCGUUCCCACAAGAUAAACUAUACCAGUACAUUGCAAGAAAAUUCAAUGAAAACAAUUGGAGAAAAUUUCUUCUGCGAACUGUGCAAAGUCACCGUCAAAACAAGUGAAGAACUUGAUCAUAUUAUAUCAACAACUCAUUGCGCAAACAAAAUCAAGUCACAAACUGAAGCUUCAUCUGUGAUAUCUACUGAAGAUACUCCAAUAUCUCAAUCCACAAAUUCUUCGAUACCUAUUCAAUCCACAAAUUCCUCGAUAACUACUCAAGAUACAAGCUCACUGAUACCUGAAGCAUCAACAACCACCACAUCUGUAUAUCGGUGCGAAACUUGCGAAGAAGACGUUGUAAAUACGCCAUCAGCGAUCGAAGAACACAUGGAAGGUUUAAGCCACAAAAUAACUAAAAUAUUUUGGAAACUAACCAACGGAAGUCUAGAAGACAAUCUGCACUACCACUAUGAACGGGUCUCAAGCAGUAUGGUUUAUUGUAGAAUAUGCAAAAUAGAUGUGCUUGCGUCAAACGCUAAAGAGCAUCUGGAAUCGUUUGGUCACAAUUUAAAAUACCGAUCCCAUCUUGCCGAAAAUGAUGUCCGAAAGCUUAGCGAUUCGAUGUUUUAUUGCAAUGUCUGCUCAAUCAACGUGAAAGUAGAAGAAGAAUUACAACAUAUUAGACUGCUGUCUCAUUCCAUGAAGAAAAGCAAAACCAAAAAAGGUCCUAUAGAGGAGAAAACUAUAAAAGAUUCUGCUGAAGAAACGGCAUCUACCACAAGCCAAGCAAGUUCCAGCAGUAAAGGCACUGGGUAUCGCUGUGCAGUUUGUAAUGUAGACGUUCCGAACAACCCUAAAAACAUAAAAUUGCACGACCAAGGAAAUAUACAUAGAACAAAGUUGAAGAACCUCUCGCUUGAGGAAGAAGAAAAGGUGUUGUUUGCCAAAACCCCCAACGAUAAGGAGGUGACAUGUACGUUGUGCAACGUGACAGUUCCUGUCACCGGCUUGUCAUGUCAUGUCAAAGGCGCUAAACACAAAGCGAAUAAAAAUGCAGCCGUAGGUGGUAAAUAGUAGUUGUUUUUAUACAGUUUGUUAUAAAAAAGCUAUCUAUAAAGAUUUUUUAAACGCGAAAAUAUCUAAUUUGAAUCGCAGGCGAUCUGUGUGCUUAGUGCGAAUUUGCAUUGAACGUCGUCGCUAGCGAGUGCGUAAAAAAAAUCUACCAAGAUUUUAGUUCUUGAAAGUAUCCGCUAGGGGCGCUAGUUUUUAACGCAGUCGCUAACUUCGACGAAUUGAAUUUGAUGUAAACAGCCCCCUGUUUUUUAUAGUUAUGUGUAUUAUAGUAUAGUUACCAGCUUUUGUAUUGUUAUGUUUUAAGUACUUAAUGUAUUAGCGCUAAUAGAAACUGAUUAUAAGAUAUUAAUAUUGGACUGACGACUUCAUAAAGGUAGCAGGAGGUGCUGGAUGCAGGCUGCUACCAACCGGGCGAUGCGGAAA